UAAUCUUAAUCUUCGGUUUGCUCUUCAAAACGAAUGCUUCUGAUGUGAGGCUACUUUACAGGAAGCAUGACCUCAUUCUGCCUCUGUGCCGCUGAUCGCACGGGCUGUUUUCAAAAGGAAACAGGGGACUUCAUAGACCUGCCUUUCCGAAGACCCGGGGCUAAUCUCUUCCAGGAAGCUGCAGAAAGAGCACCCUCCACUUCACGUCUCAGAGGCUCUCGUCUUGAUGAUGAGAAACUUUUUUGCAUACAUGUGUUAAAAGUGAAAUGGAUUUUCCAGAUAAUCUAUAUUGCCUGUUAUCCCAAGGUGUGUGAAACAAUCCUUUUCAAGAUGUAUGGAAUAUCACAUGUUGCAUCAACACCACGAGCAAGUUCAACAGCAUUUAAUGGAGAACAUAGACGCAGCCUCUCACAACGUAUUUUUCCAAGUUAUGCUUGUGCCUUUUUGGACGAUGACCCUGCCUAUGAGUGUUGUUCCACAAAUCUUCUGACAGGCUCCCUUUCCACGUGUCGCCGCAGCCCUCGCCUGCUGUCUAAUGGCUAUUACAUUUUGACAGAAGACAGUUUUCUGUCUGAUGAAGAGGGCAACGUAACACUGACACCAUCCCAGACAAGUGUUACAUAUAAAGAGAAUUUAGUUCGUGUAUUCAGGCGAAGGAAGAAAAUCCGUCGCUCUCUUGCCAGCUUGUUCAAUCUUGGUGUCUCCAGUUCGUGGCUCAGCAGCACCGUCCUCAGCAAUAUGGAUUCCUCCCACAUAGAUGAUCCUUGGCCUGAUGAACGCAGUAAGCUACAAGCCAGUCAGAGUGAUAUUGUCACUGAAGAUCUUGUUAGAAGACGGGCAGAACAUAACAACUGUGAAAUUUUUUCACUGGAAGAAAUCUCUUUACAUCAGCAGGAAAUAGAGAAAUUAGAGCACCUUGACAAAUGGUGUCGAGAUUUAAAAAUUCUCUAUCUUCAGAAUAAUCUAAUUCCAAAAAUUGAAAAUGUGGGAAAACUAAAGAAGCUGGAAUAUUUAAAUGUAGCUUUGAACAACAUUGAAAGAAUUGAAAAUCUGGAAGGCUGUGAAGAACUGAAGAAACUUGAUCUGACAGCAAAUUUCGUUGGUGAACUCUCCAGUAUUGAAGCCCUAAAAUACAAUAUACAUCUGAAGGAACUGUUUCUAGUGGGUAACCCAUGUACUGAAUUUGAAGGUUAUAGACAAUUUGUGGUGGCAACUCUUCAUCAAUUAAAAUAUUUGGAUAGUAAAGAAAUAGAACGUUCAGAGAGGAUUCAAGCACUUCAAAACUAUCCAGAAGUGAAACAGAAAAUCAGAGAACAGGAACAAGCUUACCUUCUCAAAAGGGCCAGAGAAAAAGAAGAGGCUCAGAGAAGGAUGCAAGAAAGAAAGGACAAGAAACAAAACCAAAUUGAAUCUAAGCUUGGAUUUGACAGCCCAGACUCCCUACAGAACAAAGAAAACCAUCAGGCAGAAGGAGACAGAGAACAGGAAAUGUGGAGAACAGUUGAAGAUGAUGAAGAAGAUAGAAGAUUUUGGGAGGAGCCUACACCAUAUACUCCAGAGUCUAGAUUAGAAACUCACAGAUAUAUUGAAGAAAAAAGGAGAGCUAAGAACAAUAUAAGGGAAUCAAAAAAGAGCGAGAAGCCUCUUCACACAUUGGUCACUGCAGAAGGAAAAGUCCUGAAUGUGAAUGCGCCUAAGCUUCAUUUCUCUUUGAAAGAUGACCAAGAAAACAAUCAGAUCAUCCUGGAUCUUGCUGUUUACAGACAUUUGGACACUUCUCUGCUUGAUGUUGAUGUCCAGCCAACUUACAUACGAGUACUGGUGAAGGGAAAGCCUUUUCAGCUCGUGCUUCCUGAGGAAGUGAAGCCAGACAGCAGUUCUGCUAAAAGAUCACAAACAACUGGUCAUUUAGUUGUCAGCAUGCCAAAGGCUAAAGAAAUAAUCCUGACUAAGAAAAAAGUAUCAACUUCAAUUAAAGAUUCUGAUUUUAAUACACUGAAAAAAAAUGCAAGAAGGAGUGGACAAGUUGAGAAAUUAGAAGUGGAUCCUUGUAAAUAUUCAUUCCCUGAUGUGACAAAGAUAGUUCAAGAAAAGGAACGAAUUGGACAGGGACCUAUUAGGCUACAACCAGAGAAGAUUACAGAGACUAAGAGGAGUUAUGUUGAUUCUGAAAAUAAUGAAGAUGUUCCUCCCUUAAUUUGAAACAUUCUUAAAUAGUCCCUCUGUAUGUAGCAUGCAUGCUUGAGUUGUUUUCAUGACCCUCUGUGUAAAGUAAGUUUAAUAUAGCUGAAGUUGGAAAUAUUAGUAUAUUUCUUAUGAAAAACUUUGUUAUACCUGUGUUUUCUGUGGCAUUUUCUGUUAGUAUAUGGCUAUAUAAACUCUUUUUUUCUAGAUUGUUUACUUAGUAGAUCUUAAAUCAGAAUGGGAAUUAUAUAAAUCAGACAUUGUCAUUUCUUCAAAGAAUUUACUGUCUAGCUUGAAAGAUGACAUAUUACUGUAGAAAAGGAGGGAAGGGAGGAAGAAAGCACUUGUAACAAGAUUUAUGAUUACUCUGACUAAACUGAAGAUAUCAAAAAUCUCUAUAUAUUCCUUCAGUGUUUUCUUUUUCAUGAAGGACAAGAGUAAAAGAAAACAGUGUAUUCUGGGAGUGAGAACCAUACAUCAGUGAAUUUUCCAGCAUAAUGCAGAGCUCCUGGAUUGUGGAGCUGGUAUAACAAUGCCAGUCCUUGAAGAUUUUGGGAGAGAAUAAUGCUGAGCACUAUCUCAGAUGUGGUGCCAUUGGGAAGCUGGGAGAAAUCAGCCAGACGAUUCUUCUUCCUCUUCAUGCAGCUGCUCCAAACUGUUCCAUCUUUUUUAGGAUUCCCCAAAAAUAUCAAGGCUAAUUUUUAGCUGUUGGAUGAAAUAAGGUUAAGCAGCUAUAAUGGGAUGAGCUGCUCCUUCCCUACCUUCCAGCCCUUUUUUAGCAACCAGAGACUCCAUUAUCCUACUUUUUUCCCUCAGCUUCUGGAUUGCCCCGUGAGUGAAACAGGCAGCAUCAAAAACCCAAUGUAUACUGGGUUACAUUAGAAAAUCAUUGCAAUUUGGCAAGACCAAAUUUCUUUUGCUUUUCUUCCCCAUUCCCCAGUUUCCUGAGAAAACAGGCUCUUAUUCUUAGCACAUCUCUGCUUUUGAAUGCCAUUUCUGUUAUUUUCACCCUAUUUGAUGAAAGAGGAAGGUCAUAGAAAUACUCAGCUCCUCUAAAUUUAGUAAAACCCAUCAGUGAGUAGUAAAACGGAUUCUCUUGAUGCAGCUGUUGUUUGGAAGAGAGAACUCGGCUGUUUACCUAUUCUGGCAGUAAUCACUCAGCUAAUCAAAUGUUGGUAACUGAACUCUUUCUGCAUGUUAGCAUUCUUGCCUAGGUGGUAGUUAAAGAAAUUAGGAGUCAUGAUGGUAGGGCUCUGGGAACCUUGGGGAAAGCUGAGGAGAGUGUGGGACGUAGUUAGGAACUAUGGUUAGGCCUUGAGUUGCUAUGGAAGCAAAAGGCAGAUAUUGAGAAGACAGUGGAAUUUUGCAGAGGGAGAGUCACAACAAAUAUUUCUGAGUUGGGUGGUUACUGAGGAAUAUGUAGGGGACAUAGGACAUAAAACCAUAGGAAAUGAAGCCUCAUUAGCUCUGUUGUCUACAAAACACUUGAUGUAAGGAUAUAUAUUUGCUUGAACAUCUCUUUUGGCCUUUUAGUUGGGCAAUUAGCAUUCAAUUCUAUAGAAAAAAAAGAUACCUUUGGGUUUUUACCAGUUUUAAGGCCACUGUUAUUUUAAAAUACAAAGAGACACUCCAAGCAAAAACAAGUUGAGACCCACAUUACCUUGCUAAUGAAUUUGAAACUGAUUCAUACCAGCUUUUGCUUCUAGCCAAAUGGGAUAGAUCAAGCAAAUUCAACUCAGGAAGAAUCAAAUAUAUUAUAUAAUUAUAUAAUCAUAUUAUAUAAUGAUAUUAUAUAAUUAUAUUAUAUAUUUUGUGGUUACUUCUUGGUUUCAUCCUUAAGAUAGAAAAUUAAUAAACUGCACUUAUAACUGAACCACUAAAACUCCAUUAAAAUAUAUUGUUUCAGUAGCAAUCUAGGUUCAGAUAGUGCCCAUAAUAUCCCUCAGCACAUAGCAAGCUCUUGAUAUAUUCUUUGGAAGUGCUGUUUCCCUAAUUGUGAAAAACAUUAUGCAAAAAACUCAGCAGCUAGUUAGAAAGAAAACAUUGCUAUUGAAUUCUGGGAUUUCUUAGCCACUCUAAAAUGCUUUAUAAUUCUCCACAGAUGUUUAAUGUAAGAUAAAGAUAAAUAGUCUAUCUUAAAGCACACUGAAGAGAAGCAGAAUAUAUCCAUCAACUUAGGCUGAUGGGUUGAACUGAUGCAUUUUCUUCAGUUGCAAUUUUAAACAGAUAUAGGAUAAAAAAAAUGAAGUUUCAUACUAAUGCUGCAUAUACUGAGAGCUCAAAAGAAAAUGUAUGUAUCACAAAGGCAUAAACCAAAGCUGAAUUUGGGCAUAAUCUGAUCUAUUGUAGUAUCAUGAUGGAUUUUUCUUUUCCCAUCUUGUGCAUUCACUUGAUUUUUCCAAUUUCAGA